AUGAAUGAAAUGAUCAAGUUGAAUGAAACCAGAGGGAGCCAGGUGACUGAAUUCAUUAUCAUGGGCAUCACAAAUCGACCUGAGUUGCAGGGUCCCCUCUUUGUGGUAUUUUUCCUCAAUUACAUGGCCACAGCUAUAGGGAAUCUAGGCUUGAUCACCCUAACUAUUGUGGAUUCCCACCUCCAAACCCCCAUGUAUUUUUUUCUCAGACAUCUGGCAUUUGUUGAUCUUGGUUAUUCCACAACUAUCGGGCCAAAAAUGUUGGUUAGUUUCAUAGAGGAGAAAAAUAUUAUUUCUUAUAAUGGAUGUGCAGUACAGUUAUUUUUCUGGAUUUUUAUUGCUAGUGAACUUUUUAUCCUGUCAGCCAUGGCCUAUGAUCGAUAUGUAGCUAUCUGUAAGCCUCUGCUCUACAUGGUCAUCAUGUCAGAAAGGAUCUGUUGGAUAUUGGUGGCUAUCUCCUACCUCUACUGCAUCAUGGUAUGUUUAGUGAUCACAACUGAAACUUUUAAAUCAUCUUUCUGUGAAUCAAAUAUAAUAAGACAUUUCUAUUGUGACAGUCUCCCUCUAUUGUCCAUUGCAUGCUCAGACACAAAUGAGAUGCAGCUAAUCAUUAUGACCUUUUCUGCUUUAAAUUUGGUUUCUUCCCUCUUGAUUAUCCUUAUCUCCUAUGUGCUCAUUCUUGUGGCCAUUCUCAAGAUGAACUCCUCUGAGGGCAGGCAAAAAGCAUUCUCUACCUGUGGCUCUCAUCUCACAGUGGUGGUUGUAUUCUAUGGGACACUUCUCUUCAUGUACUUGCAACCUGAAUCCAACCAUUCACUUGACACAGACAAGAUCGCCUCUGUUUUUUAUACUUUAGUCAUCCCCAUGAUCAAUCCUAUUAUUUAUAGCUUGAGGAACAAAGAGGUGAAAGGUGCCUUGAAAAGACUUUUUAAAAAAUGAUGUUAGAAUUCUCUUUAAUGUCCAAUGCAAAGUUUGAUUCCAUUGCAUUAGUAGAAACAAGUUUCUGCUAAUUUUUCAACUUUUGCAAGA